AUGAAACAGAGCUCAUCGCGCAGCAUUUGGUGUCUGCUCAGUGUUGUAAUCGAUCAGCGUCUUAGAAUUGACACCUGUCGAUAUCUAAUCGAGAUUUUAUCGCGCCGCAUUACAGGCGAUUAAGAUUCGAUUACGAUUUGGUG